CAUACCGGCUGCGCGGCACAAGUGACAGGUAGGACGGUCUGUCACCGUUUCGACUGGCCAGGAUCCGGUAACAGGCAAAGCGCCUUAAUUAUUGCUGGAGGAGGCAGAAUAGCAGCUCAUAGACAUAUAAUAAUGUAUGGUGCAGGAUAAUUUACAUAGCCUAUAUUACAGCGGCUGUAAAACUAAUCAAUUUCUAAAGAAUGGAAACUGGAAAUUGUGAGUCGAAAUUAAAAGUCGCCACCAUCGCCUGUCUCAUUGCACUGACAAAUAAAAGAAACUGGUCCAGUUAUAUGUACUGAAUAGUAUACGAAUAAUCCGAUUAUGCGCUUACGGUUUACAGUCGGUGCAUGGUUUCCUUACACAUUCAUUAUAAUCUCUAAAACACACUUUAACGCACAUUAUCCAAAACAGACAAUCGCACCUGGCAAUUAAGUUGCCAGUGGAGUGUGCGCCAGCAUGGCUUCUGAAACCCCGAGAUCCGUUAUCUAUAAUGCGAAUUUAUCGUUUUCUUCGUAUUUCCUGUUUUUCGAGGCAGUUGUUUGUUGCGCUCGCCGUCGCGCUGAAUCCUCAGCAGAGGCGGCGUGUUUCUCUCUAAAGGACGCGGCUGAUAGUUGAUUAAAUUGAUCGCCCGCGGUUGUUUCAUUCGGGAUGUUUAUUAAGAAUGCUUUCCGUGCCCUUUCCGGAGCCAUAUUGACCUUUUUUAUAAUCCUGCUCUUGGACUUACAACUGCGGACACGGAAACCCCCGAGGCCCUAUGGUGCGUCUCUCCAAGGCGGCUUCGCGCAUCCCCUGCGGAACGCGGAGCCCCACCCGGAGGGGAUACCGGGUCUGCGGUGGGGUCAACAGGGCUGGGACAAGCCCCCCCAGGCCCGACGUAAGAACAGCUUGGAUUCUGCCAGCUCAAACCUAGAGCUCAAAGACAUCUUCAUCGCAGUGAAGACCACCGGCAGAUUUCACCGCACUCGCCUGGCUCUGCUGUUGGACACCUGGAUUUCCAAGACCAAGGAGCACACCUACAUCUUCACAGACACCCGGGAUGAGGAGUUCAGCUUGAAAGGGUUUAACAUCAUCAUCACCAACUGCUCCCCCGAGCACAGUCACCAGGCGCUGUCCUGCAAGAUGUCCGCAGAGUACGACACUUUCAUGGCCUCCGACAAAAAAUGGCUGUGCCACGUGGAUGACGACAAUUACAUGAACCCCAAGGCGCUGCUCCCCCUGCUGGCCGCCUUCCAACCCAACAGCGACAUCUACGUGGGCAAGCCCAGCCUGGACCGGCCAAUCAGAGCCCACGAGCUGCUGGAGAACAAUCAGACGAGACAAGUGGAGUUCUGGUUUGCUACCGGAGGUGCGGGUUUCUGUCUGAGUCGCACGCUGGCUGAGAAAAUGGCCCCCUGGGCGAGUGGCCCCAGGUUCGAGCAGACCUCGGCUGCUAUCCGGCUGCCAGACGACUGCACGGUGGGCUUCAUCGUGGAGCGGAGACUGGGAGUCUCUCUGGUGCACAGCCCCCUGUUCCACUCCCACCUGGAGAACCUGCAGCUGCUCUCGGCCAGUCACAUCCCUCGACAGGUGACUCUCAGCUACGGCUUCUUUGAGAACAAGAUGAACAGCGUGGAGCUGAAAGGAAUCUUCUCCGUGGAUGACGAUCCUUCUAGAUUCAAGACUCUCCAUUGUCUGCUGUACCCACUGACAAACUGGUGUCCCUGACGUGUACCCACCAAACCUGCCCGGGAGGGGGACUGGAGAAGGGCAGUGUGGGGGGGCAUGAUGGGGCAGGGCUGUGAUCGAUGUUCCAGAACUGUCCCUGGUGUCCUCUGCCUUUGGAGCUUCUGGAAUGCUGAAACGGAGAACCUGCAGUUCAGCAGAACUUACCCUGGGUUCCCUCUCCAGGCAGAGAGAGCUGUGCGUUGGCUGUCAGCUGAGCCCUUCGCAUGCACGUCUGUCCAGGAUGGGACAGUGUAGCACUCGCUGUUCGCUUGAUCCAAGCCUGCUAUGAUUCUCGCUCGUCUGCUGUCUUUGACUGUGUCGUGAGCCUGGACGUACUGCUAAAGGCAACGAGGCAGAAAAUUAGCAUUGAUAGGGACUGAACAGUGGAGAGGUGUGAGGCGCUGUGCAUUGUGGGACAGUGGAGCAUUAUGGGAGAGCGUAGAGCACUAUGGGAAAGGAUGGAGCAGUGUGGGGUAGAUGUUCUCCACAUCUGAUGUCAUUGUUCCCUAAUUAUCAUUACCAUCAUUGAAUGGGCCUACUCCCUCAAAAAGGUUAGACAGCACAAGACCCUGAUGCCGAGUCCAGAUAAAUAAGGAUGAUUAUUAGUGACACGGCUCUUUAAGAAGAGGAUGCUGACUGACUGAUAUCUCGGCUCAGUAGAUUGGAUUUCCUGGUGCACUGUGAGGUCACCUCUUGGAGCUGGACGUCCCCGGUUUUGGGGUGACCCAAGGUGUGACCGUGCAGUUUUUAUACAUGUGAAGGUGAUCUUCUCUUCUGUGACCUGCAUCAAUCCUGGAUCAUGUCCUUGACAUGUCACACCCGCCGCACCACAGAAGCACAUUAUGUCACGAUGAUGUCACAAUGUCUGUGAAAUGAACACAUUGUUAAGAAUUCUCGCAUUGGCACUAAUCGUUUGUAACGCCUGUGUGCGGUUGAUCAGUUAGUAACUCACCAUGCUAUUAAACUGUGUUGUUUUUUUACCAUGCGA